AUGGGCACGAAGGAAGGUGACCAGAUCCGUGCCUUUGUGCUCCUCGCCUUGGCCACCUGCGCCUUUGCUGGCUACGCCGGUUACCCGGUCGGCUACUCCGUAGCUGCCCCUGCCUACGCUGCAUAUCACACUCCACUUGCAUCGGUAUCUGCCGUGCACCACACUCCAGCCUUUGGUUACGGCCUAGGUUACGGCCUCGGAUACGGAUUCCGCACUUGCCUUGUCCUGGCCCUGGCCUCCUGCGCAUUCGCUGGCUACAUCGGCUACCCCUACACUUACUCCGUUGCUGCUCCGACCUAUGCUGCCUACCACGCACCCGUUGCUGCUGCCGUGUCCACUGUGCACCACACGCCAGCUUUUACCUAUGGCUAUGGAUAUCCUGCUUUCAACUAUGGACUGAGCACCUACGGCCUGAGCUACGGAUACGGACUUGGCGGGCUUGGCUACACCACCCUGCUAAAGAAAUAUGUGAAACAGUGA